AUGCCCGUUUCCUUCUUGACGUUGGACAUGAUUUACGACGCAGGCCACGCGGAUCGGCGGCAAGGUUGGAAACUCCAAACGACAUGGUAG